GGGUUUGCCAGGCAAAGGCGGAGCGCUAACGUCUAACGCUAACGGCGGUCGUGCCCCGCCGCUGCUGUCACCCCUGGCCGCUGCUGCCCUCCCCGCCGAGGUUCUACUGCUCUCCUUCUUGAGAAGAAGGGUGGGAGGCACUGGAUCUCUCCCCACACCUCUCGCCUGAGGCCAGGCGCCAGGUGUCGCCUGAAGCCAGACAGCCGGUUUGGGAGCGAGCCUGAGAGUCCCCAAAACUGAGUGUCAAACAGAGGCUGGAUGACCUCCUGUCCAGGAUUGCUCUCAUCUUAUGAAUCGAAGUUUUCAUCUUAACGUAUUUUUUUCUCCUGAGAAUAGGCCAACCAAUCAAUGGCUCAGACAGAUAAGUCAACAUGCAUCCCGCCGGAGCUGCCGAAGAUGCUGAAGGAGUUUGCCAAAGCCGCCAUUAGGGUGCAGCCGCAGGACCUCAUCCAGUGGGCAGCCGAUUAUUUUGAGGCCCUGUCCCGUGGAGAGACGCCUCCGGUGAGAGAGCUGUCUGAGCGAGUCGCUUUGUGUAACUGGGCAGAGCUAACACCUGAGCUGUUAAAGAUCCUGCAUUCUCAGGUUGCUGGCAGACUGAUCAUCCGUGCAGAGGAGCUGGCCCAGAUGUGGAAAGCGGUGAAUCUCCCAACAGAUCUGUUUAAUAGUGUGAUGAAUGUGGGUUGCUUCACGGAGGAGAUCGAGUGGCUGAAGUUUUUAGCCCUUGCUUGCAGCGCUCUGGGAGUUACUAUUACCAAAACUCUCAAGAUAGUGUGUGAGGUUUUAUCAUGUGACCGUAAUGGUGGGUCGCCCCGGAUCCCGUUCAGCACCUUCCAGUUUCUCUACAUGUAUAUUGCCAAAGUGGAUGGGGAGAUCUCUGCAUCACAUGUCAGCAGGAUGCUAAACUACAUGGAACAGGAAGUAAUUGGCCCUGAUGGUAUAAUCACGGUGAAUGACUUUACCCAAAACCCCAGGGUUCAGCUGGAGUAAAAGCACAAUUUUGGCAAUUUUAAAGGAAGAUACAGAGAUGAUUGUACUUCAGAAUGACUGAAACCCAUAUACCACCCAAAAUCAAUUUUCUUGUACAACUGGUACACACUAAUAAACAAUUAAACAUAUGAGAUCAGAAA